ACUAGGAGGGUUUUUUUUGUUUAGUUCUAAUGGAUUCUUCAUGUAAAACAUUCCUCUAAGGUCCUCUAAGUGUGUUGGAGCGCGCGCAGGGGCGGGACUGUGCAGGAGGGAGAGUUGGGAUAUAACCCAAUGGGGUUUUGUUCAUCUUCAGUGGAUUUUGGACCGAAUUCGAGUUUCUUCUUUCUGCUCCGUGCGGCUUUCAUCUGCUUCUCGUCCUGAUCUGCGUGUAGAAGCGGAGUGAGAGUGAAACGCUACUGAAGAGCAGGAUGGACGGAACCAACCGAACCAAACCGGAAUGCAUGGAAGAGCCGCCUCUGGCCAUCGAUGUCAUUUUACAACUCGACAUUUUCGGGAUCAUCCUUUACUCCACCCUCACCUUCAUGGCCUUUGUGUCCGUGCUGCUCUACAUCGAGGAGUGUGUUUACAUCUACAGGAAGGUUUCUUCCAACAAGAAGAGCGCCAUCAUCUGGGUGAACGGAGCUGCUCCGGUUAUCGGGGCGAUGUCCUGUUUGGGAAUGUGGAUCCCUAGAGCCACGAUGUUCACAGAUAUGACCUCAGCCACUUAUUUUGCCAUCGUGGUGUUUAAGUUUCUGAUUCUGAUGAUUGAGGAAUGUGGAGGUGACGAGGUUUUUAUCAAAAGUUCUGCUGACAAGACGCUCCGGAUCAGUACCGGCCCCUGCUGCUGCUGCUGCCCCUGUCUGCCCAGAGUCCCCAUCACACGCCGCUCUCUGUUCAUGCUGAAGCUGGGCUCCUUCCAGUUUGCUCUGCUGAAGGUGGUUUUCACAAUUCUGUCCAUCAUCUUGUGGACUAACGGCAACUUCAAAGUCACUGAUAUGAAUAUCACCGGUGCUGCGAUCUGGAUAAACCCAGGUGUGGGUGUACUCACCAUCAUUGCUCUGUGGCCCGUCUCCAUCAUGUUCAUCCACGUGCGUGAGGCUUUACGUAGCCUGAAGAUCAUCCCCAAAUAUGCCAUGUACCAGCUGGUGCUGAUCCUCAGUCAGCUGCAGACGGCCAUCAUUAAUAUUCUGGGCAUGAAUGGGACGAUCGCCUGCAGUCCACCGUUCUCCUCCAUACACCGCGGUUACUUGAUGAGCCAGCAGCUUCUGAUUUUGGAGAUGUUCAUCAUCACGCUGGUGACUCGGUUGUUGUACCGGCGUCAGUAUGAUCCCGUACAUUACGGCGAAGUUGACGAGGAGAAGAACAGUGUUCUCGCCACCGACUCCAGUGAACAUCAUAUGAAAAAUAACAAGUGAAAAAACAAGGAAUUUUUGUUUUGGGCACAACAUCACGGUCUGAACCAACUUCAGCACAGACCUAUGAAUGUAUAUUUUUUAUUUAUAUCUACAGCCUGCAUGUAAUCCCGGAUUUUUAUACUUUUUAAUUGCUUUUUUUUUUUGCAACAAAAAUGCAGAAUAAAUCCAUGAGGAACAA